AUGGAGGCAGCAGCUAAGCAAGCACAUGAAGGAGCUGUAGGCCAAGCUGUGCAAGGAUCAACAGUGCAGGUGGAUCAAGCACCAGGCAGCAAAAGGUUUGUUGCUUCCAUUUACAUCAACCAGUCACUAAUGUACUCAGGCACCGAGACAAUGAAAAUCAGUUCACCCAGCAGCACUGGGAAAGCAUCAAGCUCUUCAGUUCUGAAUAAAGAAGCAUCUAGCAGAAGAGAAAAUAGAAAUAGCCAGCCCUCCCAGGAUAAGAGAAACCAAUCUUCUGGUGAUAUCAAGCAGGACAAAAGAAAAUGGGCUCUUGAGAUUGUGGCAAGAAAAAAUGCCAGUUCUGUUACAAGCAAAGAUCAUCAAACUGGAGGCACUGAUGCUCUCAAGGGAAACUUCCCUCUACUAGCACAACUUCACCGCAUUGCUGAGCAUUAUUUGCAGAAAGCAAACUUGGAUGACAUUCGCAGAUGUGCAGAUACUGAAUUGGCCAUUGCUGAUGCUGUCAAUGUAGAAAAGGGUAUUUAUGAAAGGUCAAAUAGCAAAUCAAUUUAUGUGAAUGUUUGCUCUCAGGCUACUCGCCAGCAUGCCAAGGCAAAAUCUGAUAAUGACACUUCAAGUCUAACCAAAAGGACUGAAUCAGGUAGUGAUCAGAUAUCACAGGAGGUUACAUCUGAGGAUACCAAUGUUAGUGGCAGUGAUGUGGAAGAGGCUCUAAACAGAGCAGCUGUCUCCGAUCAAAAGAGUGAACUAGGCGAUGAUACUGCACCAGAGCAUACUGUGCACAAGGAUACUGUUAGCUUCAGCAGUGCUGAAGACGCACUAAGAAAAGCGGGCCUCUUUGAUUCCCCUCCUAACAGUCCUGACAGAGGGACAACAGAGGUUGAAGGAGAAUCCAGGCUAGAGGAACUGAACAAAAACUUGCAGUCAAAUUCUGAGGACGUAUCCUCACUGAAAGAUGAUAAUUCAUCGCUGCCUACUGAUCUUGAUGCUGCAAACUGCCAAAGCCUCGACACUAUGAGUCAGCAACCUGAAUGUAAUUCUGAGGAGGAACAGAAGUUGACAGGCAAGGGAGAAACUGAGGAAGUGGCAGCAAAGAAAACUUAUGCCGCAAACUUGACUGAAGCCGAUAGGUGCAGUGAGCAAUGCGAAAAAUCAAGUGGACCUGGUAAAGAAAUUUCAGUUGAUUGCAACAAGCCUGAUAAAGUUCCUGGGCCUGCGGAGGCUUCGAGAGAGAUGGAGAAAGCAGCGAGCACUUCGCCUAAUCAAUCUUGCGAGGAUGGUUUGACGACAGAUGCAGACAAACCAAAGAAUUCGGAGCCCUCUAAAGAGAAAUCUCACAGUGACAAACCAUCAGUAAACAGCAAAGACCCAAAAGCAGACAAACCAAAACAUGCAGCUGAAGGUGGAGAUGAUCCGAAGAAGCGGGCGCCUGAUCGAGCCGGUAAAAAUACAUCAGAUGCCUCAAACUCUACGUAUAAGAAGGUUGAAAUGUUUGUGAAAGAGCAGAAGAUCAGGCCAAUUUGCAAGAGCGGUGUGAUCACGGUUGAUCAAUAUAAGUGGGCCGUCGGGAAAACAACUGACAAGGUAAUGAGCUUCCACCGUGAUGCCAAAAAUGCGAACUUUUUGAUCAAGGAGGGUGACAAGGUGAAGAAGCUUGCGCUGCAGUACGUUGAGGCAUCUCAGCAGAAGAUGAGUUGA